UCACAUUCGUAAUAUACCCACCAUAACCCCCCAAAUGUCGUUAAAAGUCUUAAAGUCCUGUUCAUUUUUCAGUAUUUUUAAACUUAUAAAUAGUGGUUUCUCCCUAAUUAUGUAAGAAUAGUGCAUCUUCAGGGCUUCUAAUUGCUUUUAUGAAACUGUGUCGUGGAUAACAUAAAAGUAUUUUUUUAAGUGUAAUUUUAUAGUGUCUAGUAUGAGUUUAUCUAUUUUGGGAUGUUUUACUAAAAAACUAUGGGCUUAUUGCAGUAUAUUUUACCUAUUCGUAUUAAUUCGACUGUCUGCAGUGUUCCUAGUACAAACAUUUUUCGUACCUGAUGAAUAUUAUCAAUCCCUAGAAGUAGCCCACAAAUUCGCGUUCGGAUAUGGGUAUUUGACCUGGGAAUGGAAGGAGGGAAUUCGAAGCUAUGCAUACCCAAUGAUAUUUAGUUUUUUAUAUAAAGUCUUGAAACUGUUUGCCUGGGAUAGUCAAUGGGCUGUGAUAUAUAUUCCUAGGAUUGCUCAAGCACUAUUGAGUGCCUAUUCGGAUCUGUGUUUUUACAGAUGGUCUGGUAGAACACAUUGGUCUUUGAUUUCCAUAUCUACUUCCUGGUUUUGGUACUAUACGUGUUCCAGAACGCUCAUUAAUACUUUUGAGGCUAGUCUAACGACUAUUGCAUUGUCUCAGUAUCCUUGGGCUGGCCGCAAAGUUGAUGACCACUUCAAGUUUAUUACGAUUGUUACAAUACUAUUUGUGAUCAGGCCAACUAGUGCUAUAAUAUGGCUGCCUUUAUGUUGGCAUCACAUUAGAACGUUAAAGACCCUCGAUUUUUACUCAAUAUUUAUGAACUAUAUUUGGAGAGGAUUGCCUGUGCUCGUAGGUUCCGUUGCCUUGGAUUCCUACUGCCAUGGUUCUUUAAUAAUAACAGCAUACAAAUUCGCAAAAGUGAACGUUUUUUCAAACAUUGGUGUCUUAUACGGUACUCAUCCAUGGCAUUGGUACCUCACUUCUGGUAUAGUCACAGUUUUGGGAAUACAAAUACUGCCCUUUUUGAUGGCAGUUUAUGUGAUUUUAAAAAACAAGCAAAACUACCCGAAUGAAGUGGCAUUGCUUCAAGCCAGUAUGUUUUCGAUUUUUGUUCUCAGUUGUUUGUCUCAUAAAGAGGCCCGUUUCUUACUUCCUUUAUUGCCAAUUAUGCUGUUUAUAUCUUCAAAGUAUUUAUUCACAUGGACCAAGAAAGCUACGCAGCUGCGGACAUACCUCGUUUUAGCGGUCAUAUUUCUGGGCAACUUGUUUCCGGCCUGGUACGUCGGAUAUAAUCACCAAAGAGGAACUUUAGAUGUGAUGCACCAUCUGAACCAAGUUGCUUUGGAAGCUGAAUAUAUUAAACCGCAAUUUUUGUUUUUAAUGCCCUGCCAUUCGACUCCAUUAUACAGUUAUUUUCAUGAAACAGUCCAUGCUCGUUUUUUAACUUGUAACCCAAAUUUUCUUAACAUUGAGGGGUAUGUUGAUGAGGCAGAUCAAUUUUAUGCUGAUCCGGAAGGUUGGUGGAAUAACAAAUAUCCUCCUGGCGCCCAAAUCCCUACUCACAUAAUAUGUUUUGACACUAUCGAUUCAUUUUUCGAAACAAAUGUGUUGAAUAGGUAUGAAAGGAAACACCAGUUUUUCCAUACUAAUUUUCCAAUCGAUCCAAGAAUUGGCAGAUAUGUUGUUGUACUGGAACUGAAAAGCAACUUUGAGGGGAGAUGAAAUGUAUCUGUUUCGAUUUUAAACAGUUUGUAUGAGUUAUAUGUCACUAUUUUGAUCCCAGUUUUAUAAUUGUUUUGUUCAGUAUUAUUGUCAUAUACAUUUGCCAGUCUCGUUAGUUAGUAAUUAUUGAUGUGCUUUUAUUAAAGAGGCUGUUUUACUGAAA